AUGUCGUGUCGGGGAUGUUGCCGCAGAUUCAGUAGAUGCUCCUUGAUUAUUCUAAACGCCAUUCUUACCCUGUUUGGACUGGCUUUGAUUGCUGUAGCCUUGUGGGUCAGAUUCGAUGUAAAUUUCGAGAAAGAUUUAAGGAUGAAUAUAUUAAACAGUACCCCCAAUCCACCAGAGAUGUAUCGGACCAAGAGCACCAUUAGGGAAAGCGUAAGUCUGCAUUACCAGACCGUCGGAAAAAUAGUGACGGGUCGUCACAGCAAAAUGUUUCGUCUCGUCGGAAAGGGUGCAGUCUCGCGUGGUCGAGAAUAUUCGGUUGGUGCACACUCGGAUGGUGAAAGCUCGGAUAUACGCUCCUUCGGGUGAUCGCUUAUUCGGGUGGUGCAAAUUCAGAUGGCGUAUAUUCGGGUAUAUUCGGGCGCAUAUUCGGAUGAUGGACUUUUGGGGUGUGAACUGGUUUUCCUCGAAAGAGACCCCGAGUUGAAAGAGACCCCGAGUUGAAAGAGACCCCGGAAUCGGGGGUCUCUUUCGAUGUUUCCCCGAAAUGGCCGAAAAGGUCAAAAAUAGGGUAAUCGAUGGCGUAGAUUCCAAAAAUCAUACUCGCUUUUUCUGAUUCUUACUUUUUUGCUUAAGUAGUAAUGUUAAAAAGUAAUUUUUUGAAUUUUUUCUAAAAAUAGUCGAUUUAGGGGUUUUCGAGGGUGCUGAUUUCGAAAAUCAUGUUAGCUUUCCUCUUUAUAGUACUAUCUGGUACUAUACAGUACGAGGUGAAAAUUGGAUUUUGGCGUUAAUGGUGUUGGUUUGAAGCCCUGCACUUCUCAAAAAAUGUGUUUUUAGCACUUGGUACUGUAUAGUAUAAGGUGGUACUAUAUAGCACGAGGUAAAAAUUAAGCUAUAACGCGUGAAUGAAGUUGUUUUGGUAUGCAGUACUGAUCAGACGUUCAUUUUGUGCAAAAACAAAUUCGUGCUAUAUAGUACCAUGUGGCAAAACACAUUUUUGAGAAGUACUGGGCUUCAAACCCAUAGCAUUGAGGUGUUACGGCUUAAUUUUUACCUCGUACUAUAUAGUACCACCUCGUACUAAACAGUACCAAGCGCUAAGAACAAGUUGUUUGAGCAGUACUGUGCACCAAACCAACAGCAUUAACAUCUGAAUGCAUAAUUUUUAAUCGUACUAUCCAGCUUGGGGACAAAAACGUCCUGGGGACAAAACCGCCUUGGGGACAAAACUGGGACAAAUCGUCCACUACGCUCAAAAACACGUUUUAAAUAACUGGUACUGUUUAGUACUGUCUGGUACUAUGUAGUACGAGGUGAAAAUAGGAGUACUAAGCAACAGAACAACACUACUAACGCCUAAAGGCCAAAUUUUUACCUUGUACUACAUAGUACCAGACAGUGCUAAACAGUACCAGUUAUUUAAAACGUGUUUUUGAGGAGUACUAAGCAUCAAAACAACACCAUUAACGCCAAAAUCCAUAUUUUCACCUCGUACUGUAUAGUACCAGGUAGUACUAUAAAGAGGAAAGCUAACAUGAUUUUCGAAAUCAGCACCCUCGAAAACCCCUAAAUCGACUAUUUUUAGAAAAAUUUAAAAAAUUACUUUUUAACAUUACAAAGUAAGAAUCAGAAAAAACGAAUAUGAUUUUUGGAAUCUACGCCAUCGAUUACCUUUCGGGGUCUCUUUCAACUCGGGGUCUCUUUCAACUCGGGGUCUCUUUCGAUGGCUUUCGUGUGAACUCUCGGGUGACGAAGAAAAUCCUUUAUUGAGGGCUACUACAUAAGUAAGAUUUUUACAUAACACUGUAAAAAAUAAAAAAAAUUUUAUCUUGCAAUUUUUUUCAUUUUUAGGGAGUUCGACCAUCAGGCCCAAAAACUGUAUAUUUUGAGCGUAAUCCUUUUUUUAUUCAGGUGAUAAUCUAGCAGCCAGCAUUUCAACAUUGUCCAUAAUUAUCAACCAAGAAAUCCUCCACUCCAAAACGGACUUCAUUUUUGAAUUACUCAUGCGAGAUAAAAAAUUAGGAUUAUUCUCAAAAUCUACAGUAAUUUUCAGUAUUACUUACAAUUGUAACAGUAAUAAAAUAAGAGUAAUGCUUGCCCGAAGCAGAUUUCAUUUUUGGGUUCCUCAUGGCCGAAAUCCCUAAAAAUGAAUAAAAAUUUCAAAACUUUAACAGUGUUAUGUCGUACUUAGUAGCCAUAAGUACAAUAUUUACUUCAUCACCCGAGAAUUCACUCACCCCAAAAAUCCAUCACCCGUAAAUGCAUCUCCCAAAUACCAUCGAAACCCAAUAAAUCGAGUAUUAAAAAAAUUAGUGCUGUACAUCUGGUAACCAAUGAGUUGAAAUCACAACCAAGUUUUUCAAUGGAUAGCCCAAAACCUGGAUCGGCAAGCCAAAGUGUCAAGAUAGCUUUGAAAUCUCGAAAAAACGAGCGAAAAGGGAUUUCGACAGUUUGGCAAGCCGACCGAGGUUUUUGGUUUGCCAUUAAAAAAAUUUGUCAUGCCCAUUUUUUACACUUAUUCCAACCUUCAGUCAUUUUAAAACUAAAAACUCAAAAUCCUUUUCGUACGUCCAUGGCUGAUCCAACUCAGAAAUCGUGUUUUAAAAAAUGAUGACUUUAACUGUAGGCAGCGCUCACAAUCUGGACCCUUGUUGGAUGGUCGGUGGCGAUGACUUUGGUCGGAUUAUGGGGAAUUCUUUGUGGCGUCAUCUACAAACGCAACAUGACAUUAUCUUACAUUGUUGUCAAGACGAUUUUAAUUGUUGCAGAGAUUGGCGUCGCCGUCUUUUUAUUUAUUUUUAAAUCUAAAGUAUGUUAUGUACUUUAAUUAUGUUGUAAUCCGCUUAUUUAGAUCAAGCAUUUGAUUCAAGAUUAUGUCAAAUGGGCGUUUGCUUUCUCGACGACAGACACCAAAAGUUUGGUUGAAAGAGUAAGUGAAAUUUUGAACUGAAAUAAUAGAGACAUACAUAUGAACACAUGUAUGAUUGUUAUAUUUAAACAUUUUUAUAUUUUAAUUUCAGUUUAAUUGUUGUGGUGAUGAUACCGACAAUCUUUACAAUACAACCUACUGCUCUAAAGUGGGAAACAGUUAUCAAGUAAGUUUACAGCGACAUUUAAAAUCUAAUUUUAGUUCGAAAAUUGUACUGACGCUGUUUGGCAAAGGUUUGAAUUUGUACUGACGAUAGCUGGACUGACCUUAAUCGGAGUCCUCUUAGUCCAAGGGUUGGCCGUCGUCGUUGGUUUUAUUGUUACAUGCACUUUUGAAAAAUUAAGAUAA